AGGCUCGUCCGCAGGGCGGACGGGUGGGGGUCGGAGUCCAGGAAGGGUCGCAGUGUCACCCUCUUGUCUUGUGAACACGGGGCACGGGGUUCCGGGGAGAAGGGUGGGAGGAGUUAAAUUCUUGGAGGGGGUGGAGGUCAUGUGGACGCCACGCCCCUACAGGAAGGAAAGGAGAGUGUGUGUGGAUGGAUGUGUGUUGAGAGAGAGAGAGAGAAUGGAUGUGUGUGUGUUUACGAAUAAACUUGGAGGGGAGGGGGCAACAGGGGUGGGUUUUCGGGCUGAGAAAUGGGAACACUGUGGGGCUGCUGCAAGCAGGACUUGGGCCUUAAACAUUCCAGGAGAGUGUUCUCGGGAGUAGCCCCGGGAAGGACUUUAACAGAGGUUGGGAAUUAUAUCUCUGGCACAGUUUUGCAAGCAGAGGGGGAGCUUAGUUAAAGGAGCAAAGAAUGCAAGUGGAAGAUGCCAGCAUCUCGGUCUGGAAAGGAUUUAUUAACUAGUUGAAGAGGGCUGGUGGAUUAAAACACUCAGCACCCUAAGAAGCUUGGGAGAUUGGAUUAUUAUGUUGCGCUUUAGACAGGAGGGCAGGAGAAAGGGCGUUCUUUUCUCGAUUUCUUAGAAGACAGUCUCCGGUUACUUUUCUGUGGUGAGAAUGGGUACGAUCCAUCUUUUAUCCUGAAUCAUGUAUGUUUGUACAUAUAUAUAAUAUGUUUAUAUUAUAUGUGUUUAUAUAUAUUAACACUAUUGAUGAGGUGACUGUGUUCUGGCGUGUGAUACGUGAGUUAAGUAGGUGCUUUGUAUAACCUUGCGGAGUGUUUAACGAAGGUGUUUUGAUGAUAGAGCCUAGUAUGGACUCUUAGGUUAACACAGAAAUCUGCCUCCUGGGCCAUGCCGCUUCUAAGGCCUGUUUCUUCUCAUGAGCCCCAGCACAAGACAGAUGGGCCAGUUCUCACAGUGGAUAACUUCCCCUGCCUGAGCAAGAGAUGGGAUAGUAUCUGGGAUCUGUCCAUCACCAGACUCUGAGCUUAAUAAGGCAGCUGAAUGAAGGGAGGUAACGGACCCCUGAGAGGGGCACUGAAGUCUGCAGUGGGGGGGGAGGGGCCUGGACACACCCCUUCCCCCCCAGACUCCUCCCCGUCAGGGUCAGCUCAGCCAUGGACUUUGGACCUGGAUAAGAAGAGAGAAGCUGCACUUUGGUGGAUCUGAUUUGGGAUUCUCAGUUUUGAAAAUGGAGUGCUGAAUGGGGAUUUGAUGAUCUCCUGGAGAGCAACUGAGACAAGAGAAGAAAGGUGCAUGGCUGCCUCCUAAUCCCAUAGUCCAGAGGAGGCAUCCCUAGGACUGCGGGCGAGGGAGCCGGGCAAGCCCAGGGCAGCCUUGAACCGUCCCCUGGCCUGCCCUCCCCGGUGGGGGCCAGGAUGCUGAAGAAGCAGUCUGCAGGGCUUGUGCUGUGGGGCGCUAUCCUCUUUGUGGCCUGGAAUGCCCUGCUGCUCCUCUUCUUCUGGACGCGCCCAGCGCCUGGCAGGCCACCCUCAGUCAGCGCUCUCGAUGACGACCCCGCCAGCCUCACCCGGGAAGUGAUUCGCCUGGCCCAAGACGCCGAGGUGGAGCUGGAGCGGCAGCGGGGGCUGCUGCAGCAGAUCGGGGAUGCCCUGUGGAACCAGCGGGGGAGGGUGCCCACCGCGGCCCCUCCCGCCCAGCCGCGUGUGCCUGUGACCCCAGCGCCGGCGGUGAUUCCCAUCCUGGUCAUCGCCUGUGACCGCAGCACUGUUCGGCGCUGCCUGGACAAGCUGCUGCAUUAUCGGCCCUCGGCUGAGCUCUUCCCCAUCAUCGUUAGCCAGGACUGCGGGCACGAGGAGACGGCCCAGGCCAUCGCCUCCUACGGCAGCGCGGUCACGCACAUCCGGCAGCCCGACCUGAGCAGCAUCGCGGUGCCGCCCGACCACCGCAAGUUCCAGGGCUACUACAAGAUCGCGCGCCACUACCGCUGGGCGCUGGGCCAGGUCUUCCGGCAGUUUCGCUUCCCCGCGGCCGUGGUGGUGGAGGAUGACCUGGAGGUGGCGCCGGACUUCUUCGAGUACUUCCAGGCCACCUAUCCGCUGCUGAAGGCCGACCCCUCCCUGUGGUGCGUCUCGGCCUGGAAUGACAACGGCAAGGAGCAGAUGGUGGACGCCAGCAAGCCUGAGCUGCUCUACCGCACCGACUUUUUCCCUGGCCUGGGCUGGCUGCUGCUGGCCGAGCUCUGGGCCGAGCUGGAGCCCAAGUGGCCAAAGGCCUUCUGGGACGACUGGAUGCGGCGGCCGGAGCAGCGGCAGGGGCGGGCCUGCAUACGCCCUGAGAUCUCGAGAACGAUGACCUUUGGCCGCAAGGGUGUGAGCCACGGGCAGUUCUUUGACCAGCACCUCAAGUUUAUCAAGCUGAACCAGCAGUUUGUGCACUUCACCCGGCUGGACCUGUCCUACCUGCAGCGGGAGGCCUAUGACCGAGAUUUCCUCGCCCGCGUCUACGGUGCUCCCCAGCUGCAGGUGGAGAAAGUGAGGACCAAUGACCGGAAGGAGCUGGGGGAGGUGCGGGUGCAGUAUACGGGCAGGGACAGCUUCAAGGCCUUCGCCAAGGCUCUGGGUGUCAUGGAUGACCUUAAGUCGGGGGUUCCGAGAGCUGGCUACCGGGGUAUUGUCACCUUCCAGUUCCGGGGCCGCCGUGUCCACCUGGCGCCCCCACCGACGUGGGAGGGCUAUGAUCCUAGCUGGAAUUAGCACCUGCCUGUCCUUCCUGGGCCCCUCCUUGCCACAUCAUGAGCUGAGGUGGGACCACAGUCCCCAGGCUGCAUCGGCCUGCCUGUGUUUCCCUCUUAGGUGCAUUUAUCUUUUUGAUUUUUCCGAGUGGCAUUUAAGUGCACAGAUGAUAGCGAGAGGAUUAUUCUCCCGUUCUCAAGGGAGUCAGGGGAACUAUUCUAGGGUAUGUUGCGGGGUAUUAAGCAGGAAACCACUGUGUGGUAGGGGGGCACUGGGCUUGUUGGGGCCAGAAAUGUCCACGUCCUGAGCUUUCUCCUGGAGCAUGUGCAGAGAGUUUGGCAACGUUCGCUCUCUUGACCAGACCCCUUCUCCCUGACCUGGCUCUUCCAGCCAGGGCACAAGCCCUCCUUCUAUACCUGCUCCCCUUCCCCCAGAGGGGACUGGGUUAUGGGAGAAGGGGACAUAUUUGUGGCCAAAAUGAUGCUAACCAAAGGGGCUUCCUUGUCAGGGCCUGGUGGAGUUGGUGGGUCAUCGGGGCCCACUGCCUCCUGCCCUUCUCUCCUGUCUGACCCCCACUUAGCCCUUCUCUCCUUGCAGCCUAGCAGUUUAUAGUUCUGAGAUGGAAAGUUGAAGGGGGCAAGCAAGACCUCUCCUCAGGCCAUGCCCAGCUGUCAGGAGAGAGGUGCAGGGAGGAAGGCCUUGUGCUGGGACAACCUCUCUCUUGCCUUACCUCAGAGAGGGACUAUGCCCUGACCCCUCCUUUCUGAAAAUCAGUGCCCUCCCUGUUGCUCUAGGAGGCUCCUGCUGGCUUGGUAGAAGACAGAAUUCGAUCUGCCUGUCCCUUUUUCCCCUGGGGUUUGACGCACAGGCUCCUCUCAGCAUGAGGUGGAGCAGUAGACCAGGUGGAGCAGUGACCAGGACGCCUCUGGCCCAGUGCUGCCCAGCCUCCCCGCCCGCUCCCAGGCGCCCCAUGUCCUCACAGGCCAGGACGCCAUGGCAGGAUGGAGAGGACUUGGCGGAUUUUUGUUUCUUGCCUGACCUCAGUUUCAUGAAAGAAAGUGGAAGCUACAGAAUUAUUUUCUAAAAUAAAGGCUGAAUUGUCUGAAAAA